AUGGGUGAGGACGUGGACGCUGUUGGCGACCCUGGCACUGGCGAUGGCAACGGACGCAGGGGCGAUAGUGCCGGUGCCACAAGAAACCGGACGGACCACAAAGAACGACGCAGGCCAUCUCGAACAGACAAUACCCAAGAUGCCGACGACGGCGACGAAGACGACUCAGACGCCGGGUCUGAUUUCAGCUCCGUCUCUGUUGACGAGCUCCCGCCCAUCCGCGCUUAUGGUCACACAUACCACGGUUCUGGUGUACUGCUAAUGCCCAACGAUGAAUCCGAGCGAGCUCGUCUAGAAAUUCAACACCAGCUAUUCAAGCUGUGUCUCGAAGGUGGUUUGACGGCGGCGAAGCUCCCCAAGGAUCAGCCUCUCAACAUUCUCGACAUUGGUUCCGGAACCGGCAACUGGGCCGUUGAGAUGGGCGAGCAGUACCCCCUGGCCAAGAUCAUGGGCAUCGACAUCUCCGCGGCGCUCUUGCCCACGACUGUGCCGGCCAACGUUGCUUUUGAAGUCGAAGAUGCAAACCACGACUGGGCUCGUGACAAGGACAGCUUGGACUUUGUGCACAUGAGGAACCUCGUCGGCGGGGGCGUCUCGGACUGGAAGGCGCUUUUCCGGCAAGCGUACGGACACCUCAAGCCCGGUGGACAGAUUGAGUUCGCCGAAGUGAGGACGAGGUACUUUGACCUUAUUGACAGCAGCGGAGACGAGCCCGUUGCGCCCACGGCCGAGGAGGAGGAUCACGGCGGGAUGACGGCAUGUCGCGAGUUUGAGGUGCGGUUCUCGGAAAUGGCCAAGAUUGCAGGCGUCGACUUUGACCCGACACCAAAGAUUCCUGCAAUGUUUUCUGAUGUCGGGUUUGAAAAGGUGGCACGUUGGUCGGAUCUGGUUCCCAUACAGGCUGUGGGACAUGAUGAAAAGAUGGUCAGAAAAGGGGCACAAUUUGCUCAGAUGCUGGAAUAUGGCUUGGAGAAUUACUCGUUGGCAGUCUUUGGCAGGGGAGGUUGGGAUGAAAACGAUACCCGGAGUCUCCUGAAGAGAGUCCACAAGGAGUCGCGCGAUACCGCAAACGAGGCAUAUGGGAAAGUAUCAUUUGUCACGGCGAGGAAGCCUUUGUGA